AGUGUAAAAACCCUAGAACAGGUAGGUAAGAGAAUCCUUACCACAUUAUGUUAUUGAUACAUCCAACCUGAACAUCACUGCUCUGUCUGUUUUCACUUACCCUUUUUCUUCACAUAUAUUAAUACCUUUUAUUUUCUGUUCCAACAUUAGGCCUACUCUGUUUAAAUUGAGUGGACUGGAACCAGACGGCAUCAGCCUAAAGUAGAUCCUUGGCAUCGAUAAGGAUCCUCUUCUCAUCUCCUAAUAAUAAUAAUAAUCCUAAUAAUAAUCUCCUCUCAGGUUCUACCUGACACCCUGACCUUUAACCCCUGACCCCCCCCAUCCAAUAUGGGUCUCCAAUCAGAGCUCCACUCCCUGCUCCUCCUCCCCCUCCACCUCCUGGUGUGGCUGUACUCCCUCCUUUCCUUCCUGCCCUGGUACUACCUCACCGGGGCUGGGGAGAAGAGAACGCAGGCCACACGGGUCAAGGCUCGCUCCACCUCCGGCCACUCCGAGGGGCCGUACCGCUGUGUAGACCGCUUCCAGAGCUUGGCCACAGAAGACUUCCCUGGGAAAGACACGCUGGACAAACUGUUCCAACAAGCCGUGCAGCGCUUUGGGAACUCUGACUGUCUAGGGACAAGAGAGGUACUGAGUGAGGAGAAUGAGCCCCAGCCCAGCGGAAAGGUCUUUAAGAAGGUAACCUACAUGCAUACACCUGUCGUAGUGCUGCAUACACCUGUCGUAGUGCUGCAUACACCUGUCGUAGUGCUGCAUACACCUGUCGUAGUGCUACAUACACCUGUCGUAGUGCUACAUACACCUGUCGUAGUGCGACAUACACCGGUCGUAGUGCUACAUACUCCUGUCAUAGUGCUACAUACACCUGUCAUAGUACUACAUACACCUGUCAUAAUGGUACAUACAUCUGUCAUAUUGCUCCUGCAAGUUGCUCUGAAUAAAAGCAUCUGCUAAAUGACUAAAACGUAAAGGUCGUAAUGCUACAUACACCUGUCGUAAUGCUACAUACACCUGUCGUAAAGCUACAAGCCUGUUAUAAUGCUACACGCCUGUAAUAAUGCUACAUAUCUGUCAUUGUUUAAUGCUACAUACCUGUCAUAAUGCCGCGUUCACGUGCUAGUCGGAACUAGGAAACUCUGACAUUUCUGACUGGUUGAAAGUGGCACGCGUAUAACUACAACCAAUUAGCAAGUCGGAAAUGUCAGAGUUUCCUAGUUCCAAUUAGUAUUUGAAUGCGGCAAUAAUGUUUCACACCUGUCUUAAUGCUUCACACCUGUCUUAAUGCUACACACCUGUCUUAAUGCUACACACCUGUCUUAAUGCUACACACCUGUCUUAAUGCUACACACCUGUCUUAAUGCUUCACACCUGUCUUAAUGCUACACAUUUUACAUUUUAGUCAUUUAGCAGACGCUCUUAUCCAGAGCGACUUACAGUUAGUGAGUGCAUACAUUUUUCAUACUGGCCCCCUGUGGGAAACGAACCCACAACCCUGGCGUUGCAAGCGCCAUGCUCUACCAACUGAGCUACAGGGGACUACUGUCACACCUGUCUUAAUGCUACACACCUGUCUUAAUGCUACACACCCGUCACAGUGCUACAUACGCCCGUCACUGUGCUACAUACGCCCGUCACUGUGCUACAUACGCCCGUCACUGUGCUACAUACGCCCGUCACUGUGCUACAUACGCCCGUCACAGUGCUACACACCCGUCACUGUGCUACAUACGCCCGUCACUGUGCUACAUACGCCCGUCACAGUGCUACAUACGCCCGUCACUGUGCUACAUACGCCCGUCACUGUGCUACAUACGCCCGUCACAGUGCUACACACCCGUCACUGUGCUACAUACGCCCGUCACUGUGCUACAUACGCCCGUCACUGUGCUACAUACGCCCGUCACUGUGCUACAUACGCCCGUCACUGUGCUACAUACGCCCGUCACUGUGCUACAUACGCCCGUCACUGUGCUACAUACGCCCGUCACUGUGCUACAUACGCCCGUCACUGUGCUACAUACGCCCGUCACUGUGCUACAUACGCCCGUCACUGUGCUACAUACGCCCGUCACUGUGCUACAUACGCCCGUCACAGUGCUACACACCCGUCACUGUGCUACAUACGCCCGUCACUUUGCUACAUACGCCCGUCACUGUGCUACAUACGCCCGUCACUGUGCUACAUACGCCCGUCACUGUGCUACACACCCGUCACUGUGCUACAUACGCCCGUCACUGUGCUACAUACGCCCGUCACUGUGCUACAUACGCCAGUCACAGUGCUACACACCCGUCACUGUGCUACAUACGCCCGUCACUGUGCUACAUACGCCAGUCACAGUGCUACACACCCGUCACUGUGCUACAUACGCCCGUCACAGUGCUACAUACGCCCGUCACUGUGCUACAUACGCCCGUCACUGUGCUACAUACGCCCGUCACAGGGCUACAUACGCCCGUCACAGUGCUACAUAUGCGUAUUGUUGUGCUCAGUUCACAUGAAGCUACAUAUGUCUUCUAAAUGUCUACAUAAAGCUGUCUCUCUUCGCAACACAUUAUCGUCACGCAGCUCUUGCUGACCUAAAAUAAACAAACAAGGAAGCACACUCUUCUUCUAUUCAAAUAGGAAAAGAGCGCCUGCUAAAUGACUAAAAGGUAAUAUGCAAAUAGACUAACAGGUGACAUUGUCUCCUGUCUUGCAGCUGAUUCUGGGGGAGUACCGCUGGCUGUCCUACCAGCAGGUAGACUCUGUAGUGAAUUACAUGGGCAGUGGGUUGGCAGCACUGGGCCAGCAGCCUAAGAGUAUGGUUGCCAUCUUCUGUGAGACCAGAGCUGAGUGGAUGAUCUCUGCUCAGGCCUGCUUCAGACACAACUUCCCAUGUGAGUACUGCACACUGGGGCUGCUUCCCAAAAUACCUAAAAUAGUGCACUAUAUAAGGAAUAGGGUGCCAUUUGGGGCACACUCUGGGAGGAAAUGGAAGGCUCAACAUGAGUAGUUGUAGCCAACGAAACAACAACAGGGCUUUCUUUCCAGAAAGUUUGAUUAAUCAAAGUCAUGUUGGCCUGGUGUUGGGAUAUCUAUAAAAUAUAAAGAUAUAUUUAAAUAGAGGUCCAGUUUAUUAAUUUCCAUUAGAUUAGAAUGCCUUUUGUUCGCUAACAAGGAAAUUCAUUUUGUUCAGGUCAGCACAUAACAAAUACAUUCAUACAAAUUCAGAGUACUCAGUCAUGUACCCAGUUCAGUACUCCGUCAUGUACCCAGUUCAGUACUCCGUCAUGUACCCAGUUCAGUACUCCGUCAUGUACCCAGUUCAGUACUCCGUCAUGUACCCAGUUCAGUACUCCGUCAUGUACCCAGUUCAGUACUCAAUUCACAGAAUUAGGAUGUAUAUAAUUCAAGAAUGUGCAUAAUUCCCAAUCAGUCCGGGAAGUACUGUGCUAGAAGAAGAGGUAGAAAAUGACCCUAACACGAUGUCCAAAGUGCACUGACGUUGCUCUGUGUUUGCACAGUGGUGACGUUCUAUGCGACACUGGGAGAGGAGGCGGUGGUGUUUGGACUGAACGAGACGGGAGUCACACACCUCAUUACCAGCACAGAACUACUGGAGACCACACUGAAGGUGAGCUAGAACCACCUGACCUAGAACAUAGAACCCUAGAACCUAGUACCUAGAAUGGAUCAGUUGGGUUGAAACAUGGUGGUGCCGCAGAGUUGAGGGUUUGACAGAAUAUACACUGAGUGUACAAAACAUGCUCUUUUCAUGACAGACUGACCAAGUGAAUCCAGGUGAAAGCUAUGAUCCCUUAUUGAUGUCACCUGUUGAAGGGGAGGAGCCAGGUUAAAGAAGGAUUUUUAAACCUUGAGACAAUUGAGACAUGGAUUGUGUAUGUGUGCCAUUCAGAGGGUGAAUGGGCAAGACAAAAUAUUUAAGUGCCUUUGAAUGGGGUAUGGUAGUAGGUGCCAGGCACACCGGUUUGUGUCAAGAACUGCAACGUUGCAGGUUUUUCACACUCAACAGUUUCCCGUGUGUAUCAAGAAUGGUCCACCAACCAAAGGACAUCCAGCCAACUUAACACAACUGUGGGAAGCAUUGGAGUCAACAUGGGCCAGCAUCCCUGUGGAACGCUUUCAACACCUUGUAGAGUCCAUGCCCUGACGAAUUGAGGCUGUUAUGAGGGCAAAAGGGAGGGUGCAACUCAAUAUUAGGAAGGUGUUCAUAAUGUAAACGUAUGUGUCAACUAGCCUCAAUUUUCAGUCUUUCACAUAUGCGUUGCAAUUAUUUCAAAUUGUCUGAGACUAUGUGCCAACCAUAGCUAAGUCACACGUCUGAAUCGGAAAUGUGUUUUUUGCAUAUCCCAACGCUCCCAGAGACGCCCUCAGAGAGUGGAGUCACAGCCAGGUAUGCAUUUCUACUAACUAAAUUAACUUUUCUCCUCCCUCUAUCCUUCACAGGGUGUUCUCGCUCAGAUCCCCAAGCUGAAACACAUCAUCUCUGUAGACCAGAGGAGGGUCAGUACAGAGGGAUACCCACCUGGUAUCACCAUCCACAGCAUGGCAUCAGUACAGGAGCUGGGGGCACAGCCUGACAACCGUGAGUAACACCAGUGUACUGCAUGAGGAACGCUAGAAAAUGACACAAAUAAUGUUAGAGCAUGGUUUUGGUCCAAACCAACACUAAAACACUUGAUUCAACUACUUAUCAAGACCUUAAUUGGCCGAAUCAGGUGUGUAACAGCUGUUGAACCAAUGGCUGUGUCUGUUACAGUGAAGUGAGACCUGUUGAACCAACAACUCUCUGUUACAGUGGCUAGGCCGGUGGUGAGUCCUCAGCCAUCAGACCUGGCUGUAGUGAUGUACACCAGUGGUUCUACAGGCAGACCCAAAGGAGUCAUGGUCGUCCACAGCAACAUCACUGCUGGAAUGACCGGACAGUGUGAACGCAUCCCUGGCCUGGGGUGAGUGACAGUUGGGUUUAGUUGUUUUACGGAUGGAGAAUAGACUCUCUCCCUCCCUGCCUCCAGAGGUACCCCCUUAACCCAUACCCAUAACUCAGGGGUUCUCAAACAUGUGAUAGAAAAUUCAUCAGGGACCCCCUCAUAAUCAGAACACAACUCGAGUGAGAUAAAAAUAGCAUACAAGGAGUUUUAAUAUCCAGGCUCUGUCGUAGCCGGCCGCGACCAGGAGACCCAUGGGGCGGCGCACAAUUUGCCCAGCGUCGUCCAGGGUAGGGGAGGGAAUGGCCGGCAGGGAUGUAGCUCAGUUGGUAGAGCAUGGCGUUUGCAACGCCAGGGUUGUGGGUUCGAUUCCCACGGGGGGCCAGUAUGGAGAAGAGAAAAAAUAAAAUAAAAUAUUCACUCACUAACUGUAAGUCGCUCUGGAUAAGAGCGUCUGCUAAAUGACAAAAAUGUAGAUGUACAUGUAAAUAUGACAUCGGCAGUGCAUGGCUGAACAAACAUUUUAAAGGCGGGCCUCUUUGAAUCGGAGAGAAAAUGUUGCAGUUUUCAAGCUCAUUUCCUGUAAUUCUACACAUUUUCUCAUGGGACAGAGAUUUUUUAAGUUGUUGCAGCUUUAAAGCUAAUACCCUGCAAUUCUACAAAUGUUUCCGUGAGGCAGAGAGAACUUUGCAGUUUUUAAAAUUACACUGCAUUUAUGGGGGGGAAUACAAGAAGUAUUGAUUUGAAAAUAUUGAAUUGGUGGUGUACUGUGGAUACCAAUAUCCCUGUGAGCCUCUCAGGCCCAUGUUGCCCAGGGUUAAGAACAGAAAUUGUAGAUUAAUAUUAUUACAUUGUAUUACACACUCUAAACGUAUUCCACGGAUCCCUUGGCCAAAAUUCAUUGUUAGUAAUAUUCAUUUCAACAACAACAAAACGUACUAUAUAUAUAUCUGUCCGCAGACCCCACUUUGAGAACCCAUGCUCCAACUGUAUCCCUAACCUUAACCCUGUUCUUCGUCUGGCCUAACGUCAUACAUACCUGCUCACUAAAACCCUUACUCUGACCCCUGACCCCAUGCAGUAUUAUAAUGUCUGUUCUCUCAGUCCUAAGGACUCCUAUAUAGCCAACCUGCAUCCUACCCUUAAACCGCUGACCCUAACGCUAACCCUGUUCUCUCUCAGUCCUAAAGACACCUAUAUAGCCAACCUGCAUCCUACCCUUAAACCGCUGACCCUAACGCUAACCCUGUUCUCUCUCAGUCCUAAAGACUCCUAUAUAGCCAACCUGCAUCCUACCCUUAAACCGCUGACCCUAACGCUAACCCUGUUCUCUCUCAGUCCUAAGGACACCUAUAUAGCCAACCUGCAUCCUACCCUUAAACCGCUGACCCUAACGCUAACCCUGUUCUCUCUCAGUCCUAAAGACUCCUAUAUAGCCAACCUGCAUCCUACCCUUAAACCGCUGACCCUAACGCUAACCCUGUUCUCUCAGUCCUAAGGACACCUAUAUAGCCAACCUGCAUCCUACCCUUAAACCGCUGACCCUAACGCUAACCCUGUUCUCUCUCAGUCCUAAAGACACCUAUAUAGCCUACCUCCCUCUGGCCCAUGUGUUGGAAAUGACAGCAGAAAUCUCCUGCAUGGCGUACGGCUGUCCCAUCGGUUACUCCUCCCCUCAGACACUCUCUGACCAGGUAAUGAAGGCUUGAUUUAAUCAGUGGUUUCCCUGUUAUUCUGUCUGCAAACUUUCACUGAAAAUAUUUUAAGCCUCUUCAUCCAGUCCUAUGUUGAUGUCCUCUCCUCUCUCUCCAGUCCUAUGUUGAUGUCCUCUCCUCUCUCUCCAGUCCUAUGUUGAUGUCCUCUCCUCUCUCUCCAGUCCUAUGUUGAUGUCCUCUCCUCUCUCUCCAGUCCUAUGUUGAUGUCCUCUCCUCUCUCUCCAGUCCUAUGUUGAUGUCCUCUCCUCUCAAAUCAAAUCAAAUUUUAUUGGUCACAUGCGCCGAAUACAACAGGUGCAGACAUUGCAGUGAAAUGCUUACUUACAGCCCUUAACCAACAGUGCAUUUAUUUUAAACAAAAAAAGUAAAAAUAAAACAACAACAAAAAAAAGUGUUGAGAAAAAAAAGAGCAGAAGUAAAAUAAAGUGACAGUAGGGAGGCUAUAUAUACAGGGGGGUACCGUUGCAGAGUCAAUGUGCGGGGGCACCGGCUAGUUGAGGUAGUUGAGGUAAUAUGUACAUGUGGGUAGAGUUAAAGUGACUAUGCAUAAAUACUUAACAGAGUAGCAGCAGCGUAAAAAGGAUGGGGUGGGGGGGCAGUGCCCUAUGUUGAUGUCCUCUCCUCUCUCUCCAGUCUUAUGUUGAUGUCCUCUCCUCUCUCUCCAGUCCUAUGUUGAUGUCCUCUCUCUCCAGUCCUAUGUUGAUGUCCUCUCCUCUCUCCCAGUCCUAUGUUGAUGUCCUCUCCAGUCCUAUGUUGAUGUCCUCUCCUCUCUCUCCAGUCCUAUGUUGUUGUCCUCUCCUCUCUCCAGUCCUAUGUUGAUGUCCUCUCCAGUCCUAUGUUGAUGUCCUCUCCAGUCCUAUGUUGAUGUCCUCUCCUCUCUCUCCAGUCCUAUGUUGUUGUCCUCUCCUCUCUCCAGUCCUAUGUUGAUGUCCUCUCCUCUCUCUCCAGUCCUAUGUUGUUGUCCUCUCCUCUCUCCAGUCCUAUGUUGAUGUCCUCUCCAGUCCUAUGUUGAUGUCCUCUCCUCUCUCUCCAGUCCUAUGUUGAUGUCCUCUCCAGUCCUAUGUUGAUGUCCUCUCCAGUCCUAUGUUGAUGUCCUCUCCUCUCUCUCCAGUCCUAUGUUGAUGUCCUUUCCAGUCCUAUGUUGAUGUCCUCUCCUCUCUCUCCAGUCCUAUGUUGAUGUCCUCUCCUCUCUCUCCAGUCCUAUGUUGAUGUCCUCUCCUCUCUCUCCAGUCCUAUGUUGAUGUCCAAUGUUGAUGUCCUCUCUCUCCAGUCCUAUGUUGAUGUCCUCGCCAGUCCUAUGUUGAUGUCCUAUGUUGAUGUCCUCUCCUCUCUCUCCAGUCCACUAAGAUAAAGAGGGGAAGUAGAGGAGACUCCUCUGUGCUGAAACCAACUCUGAUGGCUGCUGUACCGGUAAGACGACCCAUAUCUCUCUGUGGUUUACUGUACCGGUAAGACGACCCAUAUUUCUCUCUGGUUAACUGUACCGGUAAGACGACCCAUAUCUCUCUGUGGUUUACUGUACCGGUAAGACGACCCAUAUCUCUCUGUGGUUUACUGUACCGGUAAGACGACCCAUAUCUCUCUCUGGUUUACUGUACCGUUUGUUUGUUUGAACAGGAAAUCCUGGACCGCAUCAAUAAGAACGUGAUGAGUAAGGUUGGGGACAUGAGUUACAUUCAGAGGACGCUGUUCAACCUGGGAUACAACUACAAACUGGAGCAGGUCAAGAGGGGCUACGAUGCUCCUCUCUGCAACGCGUAACAACACUUUUUACCUCAUGACUAACAUGUGAUAUGUUGUAUUAAAACAUGUUUUCUGACGAUCACAUUAACCUAGAGGAGAAGUAUUAUUCGCAUGUGAAAUGAUUCAGUAUAAAUCACCUAAAAUAACAAGACAUGUAUCCAGAUAGGGAAUCAUACAUUAAACAGAAGUAAUCUCAGUGAGUGUUAGAGUAGAGUGUAUUGGUGUAUGUUUACAGUUCUGUGUGUCUGUGUCUAGGCUGCUGUUCAGUAAGGUGAGGAGGCUGCUGGGCGGCAGGGUGAGGCUGAUGUUGUCUGGAGGGGCUCCUCUUUCCUCCGCCACACAGAGGUUUAUGAACAUAUGUUUCUGCUGUCCUGUGGGCCAGGGGUACGGACUGACUGAAACCUGUGGAGCUGGCACCAUCACAGAGGGUAAGGGGAGGGUAUGGAGUGAGGCGGGCAGGUGGGGGUAGUAUGGAAAGCCUUUGCUUUACCUGCAUUACUAAAGGUUGUGUUCCCUCUAUUCCCUCUGUCCAGUGGCAGACAAAAGUACAGGUAGAGUCGGAGCUCCUGUCAUCUGCUGUGAGAUCCGACUCAGGGACUGGCUGGAGGGAGGCUACACCAAUCAGGACAAGCCUCACCCCCGAGGGGAGAUUCUGAUUGGAGGGCCUAACAUCACUAUGGGUUACUAUAGGAACGAGAGUAACAACCAGGACUUCUUUGUGGACGAGAAGGGUCAGAGGUGGUUCUGUACAGGAGACAUAGGAGAGAUCCACCCUGACGGAUGUCUACAGAUAGUGGGUAUGUAACCUGUGUCCGUUGGAGGAUCUUCUCAUUGUCCAUCAUAGGCAUAUACAUUCUAAUCUAGUGGGCAAAUGUCAUUUAACAGUUAAAGCACCUGUAAAAUAAGUAAUUUUAAAGCAAUAUCUUGCAUUGUGGUGUGUGUGUUAUUGUUAAUCAGACCGUAAGAAGGACCUAGUGAAGCUCCAGGCUGGGGAAUACGUCUCUCUGGGGAAAGUAGAAGCUGCUCUGAAGAACUGCUCCCUCAUCGACAACAUCUGUGCUUACGCUAACAGGUGAGCCCUAGCCCUAGAUGCUGAUCUGAGAUCAGUUUCACCUCUCUAGUGGUAGAGGUUUACAUUUGCAGAGGGUGAACUGGUCUUAAAGCUGUGCUUACUGGCAACGUGUAACUCCAGCUAUUUCAGAUCUCUCAGCCUGUAUGGGUGCUUCUAACCCAUGAACUCUGACCUUGGAUCCAUUCUUACCUCUGACCUCUAACCCCUGCAGUGAGCAGAACUAUGUGAUCAGUGUUGUGGUACCCAACCAGAAGAGGUUGACUGAGCUGGCCAGACAGAGGGGAGUGGAGGGGAGCUGGGAGGAGGUGUGCACCCACCCUGCCAUGGAGAAGGAGGUGCUGAAAGAGAUCAAGGAGGUGGCCACUUCAAGUAAGAACCCCUGGGUCCUAUUCAUUAGGGCAUACCGUAGCAAAACGUUUGGCAACAUAAACAAGGGUUUCUUAUUGGGAAAGGUUUCUGUCUGUUUUCUUACGUUUGGUCUAGUGAAUACAACCCUGAUGUCCAUUAGAUUGAUUUAGAUGUUUGGAUUGAUUUCGUCUCACUAGGCAGGUUUCCAUUGACCCAGGUUUAUGCAAAAAAAAAAUAUUGCGACGUGUGAUGGAAAUGGCAGAUGUAGGAUACAUUUUCGAAAGAUCUAAUACAUUUUUAUACGUUCGACGGGUGGAUUUUUAUAUUGUGGAACUUCCUUUAUUGCGACAAAUGAUGGUGGAAACUGUGUUUUUCUAAUAAAUUAUGAUGGCCGGAUAAUAUUGAAGGUACGCGGGGCACAUUAUGUUAUCAACUAUAAAGCUCCACUCCACGUUUCAUUCUAAAUGCCUACUGCUUGCAAAAUCCAUUUAUUCAACAAUAAAAAGUGUUUCUUUGCAGGACAAGGAUUGUCUUGACUUUCAGGAAUGCCUGAAUUGCUUCACAUUGCAAUUUGAAGUUUCACCAUCAAAUUGUUUCAGACCAGCUAGGCCUGCGUCAGUGCAAGUUACACCAUGGCACGGACCGUGGUGAUAAGUAGGCACAUGAGAAUUACUGUAUUGGAAGAUGGCAAAUAUUAGUCAAUUUUUGCAAUCUAUCCGUGCUGGUUUUUGCAGGCUACCUGAGACAUUAAAGAUCGGUAGGUGGGCAGGGUAUAGAGUACCACAGUAAGAGUCAUAAUACCCAUAAAACCUCGAGGUCAAACAGGGAAAUGGUUCCAAUUUGCUUUUCCACGAUUCAUUUUGCCCAAAGGAGAUUUUAGAAACAGUUAAAAUAAGGGCUGUGUUACGUGUAGGCUUACCUUGGCGUGAUGUUUUGAUAACUGUGUAAAUCUCUCUAGGACAAGGUGACUUUUAGCAAUAUAGUCGCCUGUAUUUAUCCCCAGAAAAUGUAACGCUAAUUAGCUGCUAAUGUGGCUAUCAUAAAGAACUACAGAUGCCAUGAUGAUCUGGACGAGACUGCCGAAUCGAGGCAAAGGUAAGAAUCUCUGGAUUAACGAUCUAAUGUUAGCUAAAUGUAGUAAUGAAUAAAUUGGCUACAUUUCUUUAAAUUGACAAUUAUUUGAACUGUCUUGUGCAAGUUUUAAAUUGACACAAAACCUGUUAGCAAAGAUAUCAGCUAGAGAUGAUGUGCAGGAGCUUGUAGGGAUUUGUAGUUUUGCAUGAUGUCUACUUUGAUGCUAAUUAGCAUUUUCCAAUCUGAGAGUAAAUAGAGAUGAAUAUAUUGAUAAAAGUCACCUUGUCCGAGAGAGAUUUACAUGGUUAUCAAAACGUCAUGCCAGGGUAAGCCUACACAAAACACAGCUCUUAUUUUAAGUGUUUCUAAAAUUCCCUAUGGAAAAAAUAAUAAUAAUAAUUGGAAAAACGAUUUGAACCAUUUCCCUGUUUGAUGGGUAUUAUGACACCUCCACUGUGUGGCUCUAUACAGGCUGUUGCCACUUUAUGAAUGCCAAUUUGCCUAAUAGGAUAACAGUUCAAGGGAAAUGCACCAUGGCAGGUAAUUGUUGCUUCCAAUUUCUAUGCAAACAUCCUAAAUGUUGACAAAAAUUUAAUGGAAACAUAGCUAUUGUCAGAUUUGUAAUGACCUUUCUCUCUCUCUCUCUUUCUUUUUCCUCUCCUUUAUCUUUCCUUCCUCCUCUAGUUAACCUCCAGAGGUUUGAGAUCCCAGUGAAGGUCCACCUCAGCCCAGAGCCCUGGACCCCUGAGACAGGCCUGGUGACUGAUGCCUUCAAGCUGAAGAGGAAAGAGUUAAAGAACCACUAUCUUCAGCACAUAGAGAGGAUGUAUGGGAGACAGUAAUGUAAUGACCUAAAACUUCACCUAAUGCCAAUAGGGCUCUUGUCAAAAGUAGUGCACUAUGUAGGGAAUAGGGUUCCAUUUUGGGGCGCAGACCUUGAGAGAUUCAUGGUGUGCAGGCUUUCGCUCAGCCCUGCUCUAACCCAUUUGAUUCAGCUAAUCAAGGUCUUGGUUACAGGUAGCCAAUUAGUUGAAUUUUGUGUUAGAGCAGGGUUGGAGCAAAAGCAUACACACAGUGUAUCUGUUCAGGAGGAGGGUUGGCUAACCCUUGACCUAAGCCAAAGUCGCCAACAUUCCACUGUUAGUUUAUAUAGCCUCAGUCCGUGCCAGUCAUGUUUCUGCUUCAGCUGACUUGUCGGCAUCUUGUGGCACCCUAUUCCCUAUGUAGUGCACUACAUUUGACCAGAGCCCUAUGUGCCCUGGUCAAAAGUAGUGCACUGCAAAGGGAAUAGGGUGUAAUUUGGGACGGCGAUGAUGAGAAACCAUUCGGUACCCAGGCUACUGUUCUUGGUGUGUAUAUAAAGAAUAUCCCUAUUAGCCAGUUAUUUGUGCUAAUAAUGUACUUGUAAAAAACAUUGCACUCAAGCACGUCCAGUUCUGACCUCCAUCGUUGUCAUUAGGAAAAGACACUGAUGAGUCUGAACUGUAGAUGGGAAAUUUAUUUAUUGGGAAAUCAAACUUGAAGCUGAUCCAGCGUUAUAGAAGUGUAUGUUUCUAGAAAAGUCCUCUCACUAACAAACAAAUGGAACAUUGAGGAAAUGGAACCAUUCCAAGUCAUUGCUUACCUGCCAUUCCACCUAAGCUCUUUGUACCCGAUUUGUAACUGAUGUAUUUUUUAAUAUCUAUGUAGUCUUUCUCUCUGUGGGUUCUGUAAAGACGUUGUUGCUCAUCAGAUUUGGCCAAUGUAUGUAUGUAUAUGUAUAUACACACAUCUCUCUACCUAUAUAUCAUGUUAUGUAGUUGAGAAUGUUCUGCUGCCCUCUAGUGGUAAGAUGGCAGUAGCGACAUUACUGUGCCUUCCCGUGCUCUCACUUCCCAGUGUCUUAAGUUUUGGUUAUAUUUAUUUAGAAUCAUGUUACGUCCAUCCAUUGCUUUAGAAAAGCCAAGGUAUAUUUUAAGACUAAAUAAGCAUUCAGACUUGAACAAUUCGGUUUAUUUUAUUUUUUGUACAUUCUAUUCCUAUCAAAUAUGUUAUUUGGUUGUAUCGCUUUGCAUAUGUCACACCAAAUGUGUCACUCAGGAAACUUAAAAUAGCAGAUAUUUAAUAUAUUAUUUGGCCAGGAGUAUAGACCACAUGGGCAAUAGCAAUAGAUGUCUUUACCUGAAUACUCAAAGUAAUGUUAUGAGGAUAGUAAGAUAUUUUCACGUUAUGUCACAACAGUAAGCAGGUCUGUAAUUAACAUUUGAGAGUCCAGUCCACUUCUUUCUCCAAAUACUUUCCGUCUUUGUUUGAAAAAUUGUUAUUUAUUCCAUUCUGGGGGUCACAUGCUUUUGGGGACAUUGGUGAAUAAAAAUGUUUUGUAUUUGACUACUUCGUAUUUAUUUUAUUACAAAAGUCUUUAGGUACACAGUGUAACUGGCAUUACAAUAAAGACCUAAUCUUAAAGCAGGGUUGUACUCAUUAGGCACCAAACAGACUGAAACGUGUCCAAUAAGAAAUGCUUGUUUUCGUAGCUCGUUGCAAUUUGUUUUGCUAUUGUGUGCCCUAAUGAACACGACCCUAAAACCAGAUUAAAGUAGGCCUCAGCUACUCCAGUCCUGAAAGCGGAAACAGUCACUGGCGAUCUUCCAGACAGGCUGAUCACUGGUGGGCGACGCCUGGGCUGUGAGGAGGAAGUUCUGAUUGAAGUAGCGCUGCUUUUGUCCGUCAAACUUCACCUGUCCUGCCGUCACCACCAGCAGCGU